AUGGACAAGGAUCACGCUUUAGAAGAAAUGAUGGGAAAGCUCGGUGACUUCGGGCGGUACCAAUGUUUCCAGUUCAUACUCCACAUCUUGGCGGCCAUGACGGCUGGUAUGCACAUGCUGUCCCUAGUCACAGUGGCUGCGGUACCGGAACAUAGGUGCUGGGUCGACGGCGUAGAUACAAAUGUGUCUGUAGCAGCAUGGAACUCUUCUGAAAUAUUAGCUGCUAUACCUAGAACCGUAUCUGGAGGUCUAUCUAACUGCUAUAUUUAUGAAAAUAACGAAACUACAACAUGCUCCAAAUUCGUAUUCGACACUAAGUAUAGAACAUCUUCACGUUCCAUGGAGUGGGAUCUCGUAUGUGAUAGAAGAUGGAUGGGUGCACUAGCUCAAUCUAUUUAUAUGUUAGGAGUUUUUACUGGAGCUGUAGUUUUAGGAGGAAUGGCUGACAAAUACGGUAGAAAGACCAUAUUUUGUUGGUCUGGAGUAUUACAGUUGGUAUUCGGUGUGAUGGUUGCUUUUAUACCUGAAUACUGGUCCUUCUUAGCAGUACGCUUUGUUUACGGAAUCUUCGGAUCUGCAGGGUCGUAUAUUACCGGAUUCGUUUUAACUAUGGAAUUAGUUGGGGCCAGCAAGCGAACUGCGUGUGGUGUCGCUUUUCAAGCGGCAUUCGCAGGUGGCAUUAUGUUAGUCGCGGGAUGGGGCGCCCUUAUUGACAAUAGACAAAUUCUUCAAGUAAUAUAUGGACUUCACAGUCUUCUUCUUAUCCCACAUAUCUGGAUUAUGGAUGAAUCCCCUCGUUGGUUGUGGGCUCAAGGCCGAUCAAAAGAAUCAGUAGACAUUGUUGAAAGAGCUUUGAAAUGCAACAAAUCUGAAUUUACACUGGAUAGAGCCGAACUGGUUUCUAAAGGACGAGCUGAAGCAUCGAAAGGAACAGAUGCGCCUUCCGCUAGUACGGGAGAUCUGUUAGAACACCUAAUCUUAGAAACAAAACCUUGAACGUUUGCUUCUGUUGGUUUGCUAACUCAAUUGCUUACUAUGGUCUUACUUUAAGUACAGGUAAACUUGAGGGCAAUCCGUAUUUGAUUACAGCUAUUUUAGGUUUUGUAGAAUUGCCAAGUUAUGCCGCUGUCAUUUAUUUCCUUGAUAUUUGGGGUAGAAGACCACUGAUUAGUUCUAUGAUGCUGGUGGGUGGUGCAGCAUGUGUCAUUGCUACAUUCUUACCUACUGGAAGUACGAUAUCUACUGGGAUUGUCAUUGCAGGUAAAUUGUUUAUAGCAGGUUCUUUCGCUAUCAUAUACAAUUAUUCUGCUGAAUUGUUCCCUACAGUAGUACGUAACUCAGCUAUGGGACUGGGUUCUAUGUGCGCUAGGCUUUCUGGUGCUUUAACACCACUUAUAACGCUGUUGGAUUCUUUCAAUCCUAAAAUUCCGGCUAUAACGUUUGGCGCAGUUGCUGUUUUAUCUGGAUUCCUAUGUAUGUUCCUACCGGAGACUAUGAACCAACCUAUGCCUCAGUCUCUUGCUGAUGGUGAACAGUUUGGCAAAGGCGACACAUGUUUUGCAAGUUGCUUAGGAAAUAAAAGACAAAGAACUUACUCUGAGGACAAUAAAGUUGCUGAAUCAAUGGUGCCUUUAGAGGACGGGAGUAAGAAAGUUUGA